UUGAGAAUUACCACCAAGGAAGGGUGGGACACAUGUCAGAUCCUCUUGUUUUGAUCCUAUGAGUAUUGAAUUUGUGAGGUGGCCGGAUUCAUAUUAUAUCGGCAUUGAUGGAUGCUCUUACCCUUCGAAAAGUUUAACUGGUGCGAAAAACUUCCCUGUUGGUCUUCAUCUUAUAACUUGGACACCUUCCAAUGGUGUAGGCUUAGUAUCUGGAGUAUUCUUUUUCAUUUGGAAACCUUCUGCUUACACACUUACUUACGAUGCAUCAUCCGAGAAUGCAUUAAUUGAGGAAGUAGAUUGUGUAUAUGAUGACAGGUUUUAUAACUAUACUUGCGCAGGAAACUGGGAUCAGCUGGUGAAAUUCAUACAGCAAAAGCAUUUACAGAAGAUAUUUCAGAGCGAAGGACCAAUGUUUUUUAUGGAUACUUCUACUUACGCAAAUAUAGAUUUAAAUGCAGCUGAGUCUGAGCUCUUUCAGCCUUCAGAGAAGGACACUGUAUUACGAUUAACAAAAUUCGAUGUUAGAAAAAGCUGGUCUCCCUCUUCCUUAGGUCCUGAAAGAUCUUUGCAAGCUAUUGACAAAACUUUUAUGUUUCAACGACUCGUACAAUCCGUAUGGAAUAAUGAGCAUGCUUCAGCACUAGCUGAAUUUUCGUUCGCCUACCUUGCAUACGCUUUUUUUUCCCAUUAUGCAGCAUUAUUGCAUUGGAAAAACUUUUUGGAGAUGCUAUUGCAAUCUUAUAAGUUAGCUGAGACCGAGCCAGAUUAUUAUUCUACUUUUCUCGGCUUGUUCCAAUCACAAUUCGAGACAUUACAUGAUCGUGACAUUGAAACUUCUGCUCUUUUUGAGGGUGACUUUAUGCAGUCCUUGCUGGAAAACCUGUUGGAACGCAAGUCGGACAACAGCCUUCCUCUCCAAGUUAAUAAUGCUUUAGAUAACUUAGUGAAUGCUGUUUCUGAAGUAGUCAACAUACAGGAAAAUCCAGAAGACGCUGCCCCUUAUUAUGCGGAUGAUGCCAAUGCUGCUAUUGAUUACGACCAAGAAGUUCAUGAAAUUGGACAUUAUGUGAUAGAUGAUUUCAACAAUGAGAGUAAUUGAGGUUAAAAGAAUGCCAUGUUCUGCUACUUUUUUCUACUUAUCACUUUACUUAAUCCUUACAGUCUUGUAAUUAAAAAUCAACUGAAAUUUCUUAUUAUGUUUCUAUAAAAAGAAACCAAAUAGACGUCGAGGACUUUGUCCAAACCAGCCAUACAAACAGUACGACAAAGAAGAGACGAAAGUGCUCACAGUCUGCGACCACGACGACCACCCUUUCUGCGGGUAGAGUCGGUAGGGAUGGGAGUAACAUCCUCAAUACGACCAAUGCGCAUACCAGCACGGGCUAAAGCACGUAAAGCAGCUUGAGCACCGGGACCGGGAGUCUUAGUAGCGGUACCACCAGUAGCACGGAUCUUGAUGUGAAGAGCGGUGACGCCAACUUCCUUGCACUUGACAGCAGCAUCUUGCGCGGCUAACAUCGCAGCGUAAGGAGAAGACUCAUCACGAUCGGUCUUGACCUUCAUACCACCAGUGACACGGGUGAUGGUUUCCUUACCGGUCAAAUCAGUGAUAUGGACGAAGGUAUCGUUGAAAGAAGCAAAAAUAUGAGCAACACCAAAGACGAGCUCACCAGAGCGAACUUGAGGCCCAACGUUAGUAGCCAUUUUCUGUUGUUGCCGUUCCAAGAUCUGUUAGGCACUCCGCAGGUUUCUUCCUCUGAUUCUUCUCUACAUGUAUACUAGGGAGCAGUCACACUUUGCUAGGUUAGGGUUACCCAUAACCGAUGUAAGUAAGUAUAAGCGAAAUUGUUAAAUAACAUAAUAAACGAUAAUACGAAUUUACAAACGAUAAAUUUCAUUCAAAAUUGACCUAUUAAUGAAUUAAUUAGAUAUGUUUAUUUCUC